UAUCCCUUUGGAAAUCUUACCAGCUAAAUGUUUUUUCAAAGGAAAUCAUGCAUUUCACCUUUCUUAUGAUUUGCUAGCGCAUAAUCUGUGGGAAAGCAAGUACUGCGAUCAGUUGCUUUAUGUAUCGAUGCUAUAUUUUCUGUCAGCCCAAUUGUGAUUCAGUUUGAUCCAUUAUGUUGGAAUUAGAACAUUGGAUUGAAUGCUUUAUUGCAGAGGCUUUUACUGUGUAUCAAAUCAGCUCAUGUUCAACUCACAACAUCUACAAUUCAUAAGUGAUAACAAUCCAUUUCUUUGUAUUUAUACCGCAGGAUGCAUAAAAUGUGCAUAAACUUGACUGUUGACUUUUGUCUUGGGACAUUAUGUAAAACUUUUAUGACCGUCAUUCAUACCCCUAACUUGCUUGGCAUUGUAGUAUUUCAUCUAUUCUGUUCUUUAAUUGGGUUUUACAGUACUUUGCUAAGAACAUUGCAUUCUCUUACUUUUCAGGCCAAGUAUAAUAGCCGGGUCUCAUGUUAAAGUAAGUCUCAUAUCCAUGGAAAUAUAGCUUGAUAUCAGUGGUUUCAUGGAGGAUUCUGUGUCAUUUUGCUUGCUGAGAGCAUGCAUUUAAUAUUCUGUCCUUUUUUUUUCAUUGAAUUAUUGUGUUUGUUUUCUUAGUGAACGCCAGUGCAAUUCUUGUAAUUUCGCUGAUACAUCUUUCUGCAUGCACUUCGGUCUUUUACAUUCUUACUUUUCAUUUGUGAUGUGAAUCUUGAGAUGUUAAAUUUAGCCAUGGAUAAUUCGAAGGGAUUCAUCAAAGCUCCUGAUAAGUGGGACAUGAGGUGUGCUGCACUUCUUUGGAUGCUUGUUGCUGGGUAUGUCUCGUGUUGGCUCCUAUGCAUGGCUAUCUAUUAUGUUGUACUUCCAAAGAUUACUGAAGGUGCUGGAUCUACUGCCUCUUCACCAAGGCUGCUCAAGAUCUUGAUUUGAAUGCUCUCAAUAGCUGCUUAAAUGCUUGCAUUACAGAGGCCAUUUCUUGGAAUCUAAGGCCUUAGGUUCAAGUCUUGAGAGCAGCCAAUUCAUUCGGUAUAACUGAAAGGGUUGCACAAUCUCAUUCCAAUUCGCUUCCAUGGAAUCAUGGACAUUUUGGUUUCACUAAUUUAUAUCUCCCCGUGACCAUGCAUGUUUGAUGCAUUGUUUUCAGGUUUUUGAUGAGAUGGUAUGCUUCUUGAAAGUUACUAUUGUUGGUGGUUCAUCUAAACAGACUGGUUGUACAUGUUUGAGAGCCAGACUCAAGUUGUGCCACUAAAGCUGUCUUUCAAUUAUUCAAUUUGCUGCGCAGCAUCGAAUAGAAAGAUCAUUUCCUGCUUGCUGAUCUUAGUAUCUGACAAUAACAGGUGACUGAACCACAUAGUGAAUGAUUAAAACAGUUUCAACGCAGGUGAAAUGUAGUAUCUUGAUAUGUUAAGUUUUUAAACUGUGCAUAUUACAGCCUGUUAAGAACGUCAAGCUCGUGCAUCUCAUUUCUCUUACCAGAGUUCUUGUUCGCCCAACUGAAUUAAUGAACUUUAUGUUUCAAUGACUUGUAAGAUCAAUUCUUUGCCCUCUAUUAAUGAAAUUUAUGCCAUGCAGUCGAAGAAUGCAAUCUACUUCAUUGUCAUUCCUUGUUCUCCUAGUUCACACCCCCCCCUCCCCUCAUCGAAGCCUUCCGGUAUCUGUAAUACCAAAAGUAAACACUAAAUACUGCCACUGCGUAGUGUUUUUCUAUGUUGGAACUUACAAGUUGAAUUUUGCAUGGUUCAAACAGAUUAUCAAUUGCAAAAAGUUUACCAAGUGUUGCGUUAUGGACCUGGGUUCAUUUUCCUGAAUAGGUGAGGACUCCUUUACCUAACCGUCAGUUCGUGUGGGAUUCUAGCGGACACAAUGGUCUCUUAAUUUUGACAUGACCGAGGAGGUCACUUCUAUUCAUGCAGUCGCAGUCCCACACAAGAUAUCCUAGUACAUCAAUUUCAGGCUGUAAAAUUCCACCGCCUGCUUAUAAAGCAAGACCUUCAAGAACCAAUAGCCGAAGAAAAACCAAGAUAAGCUCUUCAUCAAGUUUUCUUGUUCAAACUUCGAAGGAAUGGGUAGCUUAGAAGAGGAAAGGCUGGUACAAAUGGUGCGUGACUUCAUAGAAUCAGAAUCAUCAGCAGCACCCACAUUUACUGCUUCCCCAAACUGCCUUUCUAUCAACCAAGUCAAGUAUCUCACUUUACAGGAGAUGCUUGGGAUAGUAACAGAAGCUGAGGCUGAGGUUUUGGAGACUCUACUGAAGCAUAUGAGAAGCAAAAGUGAUGCUGAGAAAACAACUAGUAAGAAGUUGUGGAUCGUGAAGAGGCUGAAAAUGGAUGGUUUCAAUGCUUCCCUUUGUCAAACUUCGUGGGUCACUUCCUUAGGAUGCCCUGCUGGGGAUUACGAGUACAUUGACAUCACAUUAGAAGAUGAGAAUGGUGGCACAAUGAGGCUCAUAGUGGACCUAGACUUCAGGUCCCAAUUCGAACUGGCAAGACCAACACCAUUCUACAAAGAACUAACAGACACACUCCCAUUAUUUUUUGUGGGCAGUGAAGACAAACUCCACAAAAUAAUCUCUCUGCUUUGCUCAGCUGCGAAACAGUCCCUUAAAGAGAGAGGGCUCCAUUUGCCUCCAUGGAGGACUAGCACUUACAUGCACUCCAAAUGGCUAUCCAGGACUUGCGAAGUCGCUAGCGCCACUAACAUUGGUUACAGCAACAGAGAAAAUAGGGAAGCUAAAAAUGGGUACUGCAAUAUGGGGUCACCUCCAAUGGGUAAGCCCAAGAGAAGGGGUUGGGGUGGCGGGGCUGGCUUGUCUAGUCAGCCUCCCUAGCAUGGGCGUAAAUUGUUGCUGAACAUUUUGCUGCUACCCAGUCCAGUCCUAACUUUGACAGACACAACAACUCAAGCUCUUUGAGCUUUUUGUAAUGUAAUGUUACGAAGUAAAUAUGCAAAAACAAAACACGUUUUGAUUACAUUAAUUUUGCUAAGCAUGUUACUCUCUA